AUGGCCCUUAACGCGGCCAAUAGCUCGCCCAAAGCCACUACUGAACUAGGCUCGCCCAAAGACACUACUGAACUAGGCUCGCCCAAAGACACUACUGAACUAGGCUCGCCCAAAGACAAUACUGAACUAGGCUCGCCCAAAGACACUACUGAACUAGGCUCGCCCAAAGACACUACUGAACUAGGCUCGCCCAAAGACACUACUGAACUAGGCUCGCCCAAAGACACUACUGAACUAGGCUCGCCCAAAGACACUACUGAACUAGGCUCGCCCAAAGACACUACUGAACUAAGCUCGCCCAAAGACACUACUGAACUAGGCUCGCCCAAAGACACUAGUGAACUAGGCUCGCCCAAAGACACUACUGAACUAGGCUCGCCCAAAGAAACUACUGAACUAGGCUCGCCCAAAGACACUACUGAACUAGGCUCGCCCAAAUACACUACUGAACUAGGCUCGCCCAAAGACACUACUGAACUAGGCUCGCCCAAAGACACUACUGAACUAGGCUCGCCCAAAUACACUACUGAACUAGGCUCGCCUAAAGAAACUACUGAACUAGGCUCGCCCAAAGACACUACUGAACUAGGCUCGCCCAAAGACACUACUGAACUAGGCUCGCCCAAAGACACUACUGAACUAGGCUCGCCCAAAGACACUACUGAAAUAGGCUCGCCCAAAGACACUACUGAACUAGGCUCGCCCAAAGACACUACUGAACUAGGCUCGCCCAAAGACACUACUGAACUAGGCUCGCACAAAGACACUACUGAACUAGGCUCGCCCAAAGACACUACUAAACUAGGCUCGCCCAAAGACACUACUGAACUAGGCUCGCCCAAAGACACUACUGAACUAGGCUCGCCCAAAGACACUACUGAACUAGGCUCGCCCAAAUACACUACUGAACUAGGCUCGCCCAAAGACACUACUGAACUAGGCUCGCCCAAAGACACUACUGAACUAGGCUCGCCCAAAGACACUACUGAACUAGGCUCGCCAAAAGACACUACUGAACUAGGCUCGCCCAAAGACACUUCUGAACUAGGCUCGCCCAAAGACACUACUGAACUAAGCUCGCCCAAAGACACUAGUGAACUAGGCUCGCCCAAAUACACUACUGAACUAGGCUCGCCCAAAGACACUACUGAACCAGGCUCGCCCAAAGACACUACUGAACCAGGCUCGCCCAAAGACAAUACUGAACUAGGCUCGCCCAAAUACACUACUGAACUAGGCUCGCCCAAAGACACUACUGAACUAGGCUCGCCCAAAGACACUACUGAACUAGGCUCGCCCAAAGACACUACUGAACUAGGCUCGCCCAAAAACACUACUGAACUAGGCUCGCCCAAAGACACUACUGAACUAGGCUCGCCCAAAGACACUACUGAACUAGGCUCGCCCAAAGACACUACUGAACUAGGCUCGCCCAAAGACACUACUGAACUAGGCUCGCCCAAAGACACUACUGAACUAGGCUCGCCCAAAUACACUACUGAACUAGGCUCGCCCAAAGACACUACUGAACUAGGCUCGCCCAAAGACACUACUGAACUAGGCUCGCCCAAAGACAAUACUGAACUAGGCUCGCCCAAAGACACUACUGAACUAGGCUCGCCCAAAUACACUACUGAACUAGGCUCGCCCAAAUACACUACUGAACUAGGCUCGCCCAAAGACACUACUGAACUAGGCUCGCCCAAAGACACUACUGAACUAGGCUCGCCCAAAGACACUACUGAACUAGGCUCGCCCAAAGACACUACUGAACUAGGCUCGCCCAAAUACACUACUGAACUAGGCUCGCCCAAAGACACUACUGAACUAGGCUCGCCCAAAGACACUACUGAACUAGGCUCGCCCAAAGACACUACUGAACUAGGCGAUGGGAAACGCAUACUGUUUCAAAAAGCAUCCAGCUUAAAAUAA